AUGCUUGAAAGAUUGGCAAACCAUCCCUUUUAUUGUUUUCUUGAUGGUUACAGUGUGUUCUUCCAAAUCCCGAUCCACCUCAAUGAUCAGGAGAAGUCCACUUUCAAAUGCCCUUAUGGUACCUUCGCUUAUCGAAGGAUGCCAUUUGGGCUGUGUAAUGCCCCAACUACUUUCCAGAGAUGCAUGACUUCCAUCUUUUCAGAUCUGAUAGAGGAGAUGGUAGAAGUCUUCAUGGACGAUUUCUCAGUCUAUAGAACAUCCUUUUCCUCAUGUUUGCCAAACUUAUGCAGGGUCUUGCAGAGAUGUGAAGAGAAAAAUCUGGUGCUUGUGCCUAAGACUGUGAAGGAUAUCAGAAGCUUUUUGGGUCAUACAUGGUUCUACAGAAGAUUCAUCAAGGAUUUCUCCAAGAUAGCAAGGCCUUUGACAAGACUUCUAUGCAAGGAAGUGGAUUUUUAG